UGUGAGGUGUGCGGCGCGCGCCGCCAUGAACGGGAUGGCCCCGCCGCUCGUCGAGCCCAAGGAGCGGGUGCUGCAGCUGGGCGAGACCUUCGAGAAGCAGCCGCGCUGCGCCUUCCAUACCGUGCGCUAUGACUUUAAGCCUGCGUCUAUUGAUACUGCUUGUGAAGGAGACCUUGAAGUUGGCAAAGGUGAACAGGUGACGAUAACACUGCCGAAUAUUGAGGGCUCCACUCCACCGGUGACAGUGUUCAAGGGCUCCAAGAAGCCUUACCUAAAGGAAUGUAUCUUAAUUAUCAAUCAUGACACUGGAGAAUGUCGCCUAGAGAAACUUAGUAGCAACAUCACUGUGAAGAAAAUCAGAGCUGAAGGAAGCAGUAAGGUUCAGUCUCGUAUAGAACAGCAACAGCAGCAAAUCCGAAACUCAACUAAGACUCCAAACAACGUUAAAAAUUCCCCACCAAAAGACAAGAUGUUUCCAUCCUCCCCUAUGGAUGACAUUGAACGAGAACUAAAAGCAGAAGCCAGCAUCAUGGACCAGCUGAGUAGUUCUGACAGUUCAUCUGACUCCAAAAGUUCUUCCUCCUCCUCAUCAAGCAGUGAAAAUAGUUCCAGUGAGUCUGAAGAUGAGGAAGCAAGGCCCUCUCUUCCAAUGUCAAUGCCAUAUCUGCAGCCACAGCCUGCCGUGUCUGCCAUACCACAUCAGGCUCUUCCUGACAAAGAUGCCAGUCAUAACAGAUCCCAGGAGAACAGUGGUCAUAUGAUGAAUACACUACGUGAUACUGUCUUAUUCCACCAAUCCAACCAACUGAAAACGUUAUUUGAAGAGUAGCUGCUGCUGUGUUCUUCAGCAAGUGGUUGAAGAAUUGCUGCACCACUUGGAAUGUGUUGAUGAGUGUCAUCCAAGAAGGACAUUUUGGUCAGAGGAGGGGGGAAAAACAGUAGGUAGAGUCUCAAGUCUGCUACCUAAAUAAGCAGGAGCAUUCAGACAUUGGAGUUGUAAAUGUUCAGCUGUUUGAAAACAAGUAUGUUUUUUUAAUUAGGUGUUUAACUGCAGGCUCACAAUAUAAGAGAUUUCUGUGAAACCCUACUGUACUGCCCAAGAUCUUUAAGGCAUAUCAUUUAUGUGUAAACUGGUUCUAUUGAAAUUUCAGACUCUGGCAGGCCUACUUUUGUUUCAACACCUAAUAGAUAACGUGAACAGGUUUGGUGAUUGUUUUUUUGUUUUGUUUUUUUUCAUAGCAAGUAUUUAAAUAUUUAAGUAUCUGUGGUUACUUUGUUAUCAGAGAUGAGAUCAGAUGGAAAAGUCUUGUGACUUCAUGUGCCAAGAAGUAAAUGCUGUCUGCAUUUUACUGUCAAUGUAGAAAACAACAUCUUUGUAAUUUGUGUGACUUCAAAAGGUGCCAUUUAUUUCAACCAUCAUUCACAAAUGAGAUUUACCAUUCUUCGUGCUUUAUUUAAAGCUCCUAUGAAAAUGUGAUGAAGCUCUUCCUCCUUGACAGAAUCCCAGCUGGCCAAACUUCCACUGAGAAACACUCUUAAGAGUACAGGUGGCUAACUCUACUAGUUCCAACAAUCAUAGUGAGAAAAUGCUGCUUGAAACAUGACAACAUCAAAGCCAUUGCAGAGGAAGUUGAUGACUUAAUGCCUGAGAACUAUGUAGACAGGUGAAACCUUCUGUUUUGUAGCAUCAAGCCUCAGGCUUAACUAGCUUGCGUAGCUAUUUAGCUUAGCUCUAAAUUGGAGAGACCUGAAUUUGACAGAAGGCUUUCUUGGUAGAUAAGAAAUUAGCUGGAUGAUCACAGCCAGAGCUGUGGCUAGCAGCUCUUUGUUCAAGUGGAGACCAGUGACAAGUAAUGUUCCUCAGGUAUUGAUAUUAGGACUGAUGCUGUUUAACAUUUAUCAGUGUCAUGGACAGUGGGAUCAAGUGCAUUCUUGGCAAGUUUGCUGAUGAUGCCAAGCUAAGUGGUGCAGUCAACACCCUGAAGAGAAGGGAUGCCAUCCAGAAUGACCUUGACAGGCUUUUGUGGUGGGCUUGUGAAAACCUCAUGAAGUUCUGGAUGUUGAUCAAUGUAAUCUCCAGCACAAACACAGGCUGGGUGGAGAAUGCACUGAAAGCAGUCCUGAGGAGAAGUACUUGUGGAUGUUAGAAUCAUAGAAUAUCCUAAGUUAGAAGGUACUUAUAAGGAUUAUUUACUCUAACUCCUGGCUCUAGGCAAGGCCUCAAAAAAUCAGACUGCCAGAGAGUGUUAUCCAGACACUUCUUGAACUCUGUCAAGUUCAGUGCCAAGACAGCUUCCCUGGGCAGGAUGUUCCAGUGUCUGAACACCUCAUGGUGAAGAACCUUUCCUGAUAUCUAACCUGAAUAUCCUGUUGCCACUUCAUGCUGCUACUUUAGGGCCUAUCCUUGGUCGCCACGAAGAGGAGAUCAGUGUCUGUCCUUCCUCUUCCACUCUUAAGAAAGCUGUAGGCUGUGAUGAGGUCUCCCCUCAGUUUCCUCUUUUGUAGGCUGAACAGGUUGCCCAGAGAAGCUGUGGAUGUCCUGUCCCUGAAGAUAUUCAAGGCCAGCUUGGAUGGGGACUUGGGCAGUAUGAUCUGGUGGGUGGCAGUCAUGCCCUGUGCAGAGGGAUUGGAACUGCCUGAUCUUUAAACUCCUUUCCAACCUGAUUCUGUGAGGAUCCCAGUUCUAUUUAAUUCUUAAUUCCAUAGCUCACUUGAGUACCGUUAAUGUUUGAAAUACACUGCAACUAGACAAAGAUUAAGAAAGUCAUUUUGAAGGAGAACGUGUUUCCUCCAGCUCCCUUGGUGAGGAAAUUUGGCAGGAGAGGGUAAAUAACAGUGCAACCUGGAGACGCUAAAUGAAUAGCACGUGGUUCUAGCUUGAGUGGCAGGAUUUCUCUGUUGGGGUCCUGCACAGUCAUUUCUUCCACCUCGAAUGUUUUUCAAAAAUAAAACACUGAAGCAACAAAUGUCAGCACAAACAAAUAGUUUGCUUGUCUAAUCCUGUUUUGAGGUUUGAUCAUGCAUGUGCGUGACUGGUUUUGUGUGCCUCUGCAGAAUCAAGGCUGUGAUUAGUAAUUAGUGAAGUUUUCUUUGGCUUGCUGACUGCAGGCAGAAGUUUGGGGACCGGGUUAGAGAGAGGUUUCAUCUUAGGUGUAUAAAUCAUACAGUUGAGCUUUUGUGGAACUUGGAAGACAGGAGCAUGGUAACAAAAUACUUCUAUGAGAAAUAAUUUACCUUCUCAGGAAUCAAGAGCUCAAAGCUGCCUCCUUAUCCUCAGCAGCAAGGCUCACAUCCUGCUUCUUUCUCUUUCUCCCUUCAGAAGCUGAUCUAAGCUCACAACUUGCCUUAUGACAAAGCUUGUAAGUGCUGACACUAGUUAAUCUCUUUACAAAUAUUUGAACAUAUGUUGCUUUAUGUUUACUUGCUUAGCAUAACUCUCAUUUACGAAGUCCAAUUUUCUAGGAAAAAUCAGUACACUGGCUAUACUGGGGCAGUGUCUCGUGUGUUUGACUUUCAACACAGCUUCAGUUCUCUAGAUUCUUUUUGGUGCUGGUACAGCAACCAGUCAUGAAAUACUUUUCCUUGUAUUUGUUUGGUGUUGGUGAACCAACUAUGAUCUAUGAAGCGCAGACGCUCUUAUGAGUUUCCCUGUCCCAAAUAACUUCUUGCAUGAAUUCUAAUGUAUUAUAGCCACAGAUCUGAAAGUUUAGGAAGUGUCAUGGUUUGCAGGGUAAUCUAUUUCAUUUGUUUAAUGUUACUGGUAAGCACUGGCACUGUGGAAGACUGAAUUCCCCAUUUUUCUCCCACUUUAUUACUGUCUGCAACAGUACGACUGACUGUAGAUGGUUCUUCAGAGUCCUGAUGAAUGAAGCUUCCGUUCUUGCACAAACCUAUCCAAAAUAUACUAACUCUAGUCUCUGUUAUUUUGCCAUCUUUCUGAUGGCAAAAUCCUCUUAGAGGCAGAGUUAGAAAGAUGGGCCAGAGAGUUUUCCCUGAAAUAUAUCCAAAUGUAUUACUUGUGACUCUGGAACUUGGAGUCCUUGCUUUUCCCAUCUGCUGGUUUUCACAAGCGUUGGUAUUUCUGGCUGGUGUUAUUCAGUUUGUGUAAUUUCUAUUAACUGUGUUGAAAUAACUUCUGAAGGCUGCAGGAAUCAUUAUUUGGAAGGUUAUCUUCUUGUUCUUACUGCAGCCAUCUCUCCAAGUAGGUAGUGCAUAAUAGGAUUUGGAUUUCCAAGAACUCUUUGAUUGUUUUUCUUUGAGUGAUAAAUGCUUGAGUUUAAUUUGCUAAUGCCAUAAUGAAAUGAAAUAUUGUUUUUCAGGUUAAUAUAUUGUGCUGAAUUUCUGACAGAUUACAUUUUCUUUGAAAAUUGCUUUUUAAACAUUAUAAAUGAUGUGGCUGUAAAUAUUCUCUUUAGAAUUGGAGAAAUGACUACAACAGUACUUUAAAGGUUGCUGAAAAUAUCCAUCUGUGCUAUUCUUGUCUUAUAUAAACAGUGUUUUCUGCUUUGUUGCAGAGAAUCCUAUACCACGCUUCCUAAGCUGUAGUGAUGACAUAGUGGAAAAUAGAGGAAGGCUAAAUGCAGCCAUGUUAAAGAUGUCAGCAUUCUAGCAAAAAUGUUAUGCCUCAUAACAAAACAUAUGAUUUGAGUGUCUUGCUGGUUUUACCCUAUUGAGGUUACUCUUAUCUAUCUGCCAAAGUGAUCUGUGGAGGGUGAAAGAACGUGAAAAUACUGUGCCGACUGUGUUUCAGUCAUUCUCUGUGCUUUUUAGUUCAUUUCUGAACAAUGUGAGAGAUGUAUUUUUAAUUUUUUAUGGCUGUUUGGCAACAGAGGUGUGAAGAAAAUCAUGCUAGCUGGAAGAAAUUCUUAAUUAAAAAAAUGGGGUGCUGCUGAUAUGGUACCUAUCCUUUAUAACACACUGCUGCAUUUGUUUUUGUUGUUAGUGUUCUCUGAUUCCUUCCCUCCCAUUCCAUAAGCUUAUGGACAUUCAUUGCAAGCACCGUGUAGUCUCUGUUCUUAAUUUCCCAUUUUGAAAUACAUAUAUAGCUUCCAAAUUAAAGUGCUGUGUGAAAUUGC